AUGUUGAAGUCAUCUACUAGAACUUUACUAAAGAAAUGCCCCUGUGGAGGGGCUUUUGCCAAAAAUUUCCCAGCUACUACCGGCUUUACCUCUGGUAAACGUCAUUUGUCGAUCCAAGAAUAUAGAUCAGCUGAAUUAUUGAGAAAAUACGAUGUCGGUACUCCUAAUGGGGGUGUUGCCAAGACUCCAGAAGAAGCUUUCCAAGUUGCUAAUGAUUUGAAAACCUCUGAUUUGGUUAUUAAAGCUCAAGCUUUGACUGGUGGUAGAGGUAAAGGUCAUUUCGACACUGGCUUCAAGAGUGGGGUUCACAUGAUCUCUACCCCUGAAGAAGCCAAAUCUAUUGCUACUGAAAUGUUGAACCACAAAUUGAUCACAAAGCAGAGUGGUGAGAAAGGUAAGUUAGUCACUGCUGUUUAUAUUGUGGAAAGAAAAAAUGCUACUAAGGAAACUUAUCUAUCGAUCUUAAUGGAUAGAGUCAAGCAAAUGCCAUUGAUUAUCUCCAGUAGUCAAGGUGGUAUGAACAUUGAAGAAGUUGCCAAGACUCAACCUGAUGCUAUCAAGAAAGUUUAUAUUAAACCAUCUGUUGGUAUAACUCAAGAACAAUCUUUAGAAAUUGCUGAAAGCUUGGGCUUUUCUUCCGCAGAAGCCACUGAGGAAGCUGCUGGGGAAAUUGCCAAGUUGUACAAGAUCUUUAGUGAAACUGAUGCCACUCAAAUUGAAAUUAACCCAUUAAGUGAAGUUAGUAACGAUCCAAACCGUAAAGUCAUGUGUAUGGAUGCCAAAUUUGGUUUUGAUGAUAAUGCUGCAUUUAGACAAAAGACCAUUUAUUCAUGGAAUGAUAUUGAACAUGAUGAAAAUAAAGCCACUACUCUUGCCAAACAAAAGUAUGAUUUGAACUUUGUCAAAUUGAACGGUAACGUUGGUACUCUGGUCAAUGGUGCUGGUCUUGCUAUGGCCACCAUGGAUGUCUUACAAACUUACGGUGGCUCUCCAGCCAAUUUCUUAGAUUGUGGUGGUGGUGCCACUCCAGAAACUAUUGAAAAGGGGUUGGAAUUGAUCACCAACACCGGUAACAAUGUCAAGGCUAUUUUUGUCAACAUCUUUGGUGGUAUUGUCAGAUGUGAUUACGUAGCAAGUGGGUUAGUUAAUGCUUGUAAGAAUUUGAACUUGGAUAUACCAAUUGUGGUUAGAUUACAAGGGACCAAUGUCGAAACUGGUAUUGAAACUUUGAAAAACUCUGGGUUGACUAACUUGUAUCCUUUCUCUGAAUUGGAUCCUGCUGCUGAAAAAGCUGUCUCAUUUACAAAAUAG